UUAUUCCAGUUUAUGAAAGUUUGUUCUUUUUUGUAUUUUCAUUCAUUUUCUAGAAAUAAUUACAUUUGUUACAAUGGAAUUGGGUGAUUUACCUUACGAUUGUUUAUCGUGUAUAUUUGAUUGUUUUUCGAAUCUUAAACUACUUUUCAAUCUAUCAACAGUUUGUAAACAAUGGAACAUUUUGGUGAAACAGAGAUUGAAAAAAAUUCGACAUUUACAUGUCGCUAGUGAAUCCUAUUUACCUUAUGUCCCUUUUUCAUCUGACAAUCACAUCUACACGGAUGAUGUUGAAUUAAUGGAGAGAGUUAAUGUCUCUCAGUUAUUACCGAACCUCAAGUUUUUAUCCCUGAGUCCUGUUCAUGGUGACAAAUGUACUGGUAAAAUGAUGGUCAAUAUUUUGUCAUCAAUAGCGAAGCCGCUGGUUGGAUUUAUGUGUGACACUCAAUGUUGUUCCAGCAAUAUAGUCCAACACUCUGGUCAAGUCCAUGUCGAUGAGAUUGUUAAACACUGUGGCAGUCUCGAGUAUAUGAAUAUAUUGGAUGAACAUUUUCGAGACAGUUAUUUCUUUAAAUAUAAAUUCGGACAAAAUUUGAAACACUUUGACGGUUAUGUCAUACGGUUCUACGAUGAAGAUGAAGAUUAUGAUUCCAUGGAGGAAGAAAUGAAUUUAUCAUGUCGCUACUUGGAGCAAAUGCCAAAUCUUGAAGUUCUGAAUCUGGAAAACCCACUAAUUGAACCUCGUCUUUGGCCUUUACCAAAAAUGAAACUGAAAGAGAUUCGAUUCGAAGACAUGUCAUUGAGAUCACCAGUCUUCCAGUUCUUGCCUUUGUUUCCUGAUUUACGAAGUAUACAUUUGCAUAUUCGUGAAGUCAAGAGUAAAGAUGAAGGAUUUCCUGAUUCGCAUACUCAUCUGAAUGUUCAAGAUGUAGUUCUAAAUAUAUACGGAAAAGAGCCAACCAACGGAUGUUUCAAGCUUAUUGAAAGUAUUAUGGUCAAGUUCCCUAAUUGUACAAACCUGUACAUUGAUUUGAUGCGAGAAUUGUUGCUAACUAAAGAACAUCUUAUCGAGAUGAUAAAAAUUUUGCCCAAUUUAACUCUUAUUGUCUUGAAUAGGGAGAAUUGUGGGGAUGCAAAUACUAUUGGGACACUCGAUCAAUUCUGCAAAUCAACAGAUCGAAGAAUAAAUUGCAUCUUGCGUGGCGAUGAGCGAGCAAAUGAUGGAACCAGGGUUCGCUCAUAUACUCGAUUUGCAUUGAACGAAGAUGUUGCGAGUCCUUUAAAGAUCGAUAAUGAAUUCUUACAAAAGUUCGUUUAUUGAAAUUUUUAUUCAUUAAGCUCGAAUUUGUAAUCACUUCGACUUUUUUACUCAACAUAGCCUUAAAUUUGAAUUCUGUUACUCAUCCAGCAUCAAAGCUUAUCUUUCAGACCCUUGAAUCUAAUUAAAAGUAUUAUGAUCAAGUUCCCUAAUUAU